CCGGGAUUAUCAAAAAUUCUUGAAUACUCGUAACAUAACGCACUAUCUAGACUCUAGACAACAUGGUAAAAUCACAAGUUGAAACUGUCUUGGGAGCUGUAGACGCCGAGGAUUUGGGAAUAACCUUACCUCAUGAGCAUGUUGUUAUGGACUGCUCGUAUUUCGUCACAACGCCAAAAAACGCCGCGGAGAACGAGAGAUAUCACGCCGCAAUCACGAUGAAGAACCUCAACUGGUUGCGUCAUAACUGCUAUAAAAAUAAAGCAAACGUGAGUAUGUAUAACGAGCCAGAAGCGGUGAUUGCCGACCUGAAAAUUUUCAAAAAAAACGGAGGAGUGACCAUUGUCGAAAAUACUGUCAUCGGAAUUAAUCGAGAUGUUGAAAAAAUGGUGAAGAUAUCAAAGGCAUCUGGCGUGCAUAUCGUCUGUGGUACCGGGUAUUUUUUGGAUGGAACAAUCCCCGGGGAAGUUAGGUCAGCCACGGUCGAGAAUAUCACAGAGAUCAUGAUAUCCGAGAUCAACAAUGGUAUUAAAGGUAGCCAAAUCAAACCUGGCAUUAUUGGUGAAGUUGGGACUUCUUGGCCGAUAACUGACGCCGAGAAACGUAGUCUCCGGGCCUCUGCUAUCGCGCAAACACAAACCCAGACACCCGUUAUGAUCCACCCUGGCGCGGAUCCAAGAGCACCUUUCGAAAUCCUGCGUCUUUUCCAAGAAGCAGGAGGAGACGUCAAACGCACCGUCAUGGCGCACUUAGAUCGCACAAUUCCGAGAAAUGAACAAAUAUUACUAGAACUUGCCGAUACGGGAGUUUUCUUGGAAUAUGAUUUCUUCGGUUCCGAGAUUUCUUAUGUGUCUCCCUUUAUGUCGGACGCGCAACGCAUUGACAAGAUUAUGUACUUGAUCUCCGAAGGCUACGUCGACAAAAUAUUGGUAUCUCAUGACGUACACGCAUGCCACAAUCUAACCAAGUUUGCUGGCGCAGGAUUUUCUCAUAUCCUUGACUACGCCGCGCCAAAAAUGCUGCUAAAAGGCAUCGCUCAGGUUGAUAUCGAUAAAAUGCUCGUUACAAACCCGAAAGCUUGGUUGACGUAUUACUAACAACGGCAGUACUUGCCUGGGAAAGAGGGUGAAUAAAUAACUUCAAA